AUGUCAGUAGAAGGUAAUAUAGUAAAGACAGCUGCUGAACUUAAUAAAUUUAAAGCGGCUAGAAAAACAAUUCGGAUUGCAGUAACUAAACUUGUAAAUUGUAUAGAAUCAGGUCUGCAAAGUGAAACUUUUGAUAGAAAUGCAAUUGAGGAAAAUUUAUAUUUGCUUAAUGCUAAAGAAUCAGAGUUAAAAAUUCUUAAUGAGCAGAUAUUUAAUUGUUUUGUCGGGGAGGAAGCUGAAAUAGAAAAGGAAUAUAGUUCCGUGUUAGAGUAUGAGGAAAAAAUUAGUUUAUGUCAAUUUAGAACUAAAAAGAAAUUAGAUUCUAUUUCAAAUGCUGUACAAAAUCAAAAUCAAUCCACUGGUGACCACAUUGUUUCAUGCAAAAAUGAGAUUGAAAAAUUUACUUAUUUGAAAUCGUUAUUAGGAGGAGCUGCGUUAAAUGCAGUAUCUGGGUUCUCACUUUCAGAUGAGAAUUAUGACGCUUGUAUAGGUUUGAUUAAAGAAAGGUUUGGACGCGUUGAUUUAGUUAUUUCUUCCCACAUGAAUAAUCUUCUUAAUUUGGAUCCUGUAAAGCAUUCGUCUAAUGUAAAAGCUUUAAGAACACUUUACGAUUCUUGUGAAAUAAACAUAAGAAGUCUGAACUCAUUGGGGAUUGUUUCAGAAUCGUAUGGGAGUCUAUUAGGACCAAUUAUUUUAAAAUUGUUGCCUGAUGAUAUGAAUUUAGAAUUUAAUAGAAAACGUAAUUCGAAAAAACAGUAUAACGUCACGGAGCUUUUGGAUUUCAUUAGAUUAGAGGUAGAAAGUUUGGAAGCCUCGAAUGUAAUUAUUAAUUCAAAGAAAAGGAAAUCAAAUAGUGAGUUUGCGCAGAAUAAAAAUAAUUACUCUAGAAGUGUUCCUACAACUUCGGCGCUAACCACAAUGACUAAUUCAUACUGCUAUUAUUGUAAUGAAAAUACUCAUGAUGUUAGAAAAUGUGAGAAAACAAAUGAACAAAAAAGGAUGAUUCUAAAGAAUCAAGGGCGUUGUUAUAAAUGUUUUAGAAAAGGGCACGUUUCGUUUAAAUGUAGGGUAAAAAUUCCACCUUGCAAAGUUUGUAACAGUGUAAAUCACAAUAAAUUGUUCUGUAGGAAAAUUGUUUCAGAUUCUGAAGAUAAAGAAAAUGCGAUUGCAUCUUUGUCGCUGAAUUCAAAGACAAUUUCUGAAACUGCUGAUAAAGGUAUAUAUCUGCAAACUUGUACUGUUCAUGUUUCAGAUAAAAAUAGCUUGUUAAGUCGAAUCACGCGCAUUUUGCUUGAUUCAGGAUCACAAAAAACGUUCAUUAAAUCAGAAUUAGCAAAGGAAUUAAAAUUAAAAUGUAUAAGAAGGGAAAAACUGUACAUAUAUUCUUUUGGAUACAUUAAGGGUAAAUUGAAAGAAUAUGAUGUUGUCGAAGUUAAACUAAAAAGUAUGCAUGAACCUAAUAGUUGUAUAACAAUUGAAGCCCUUGUAACAGAUACAAUUUCUGGAGCGCUUAUAAAAGUACCCCCAAGAAGUAUUUUAGAAAUGUUGAAAACGGAAAAUUUAAAAUUAGCCGAUAAUGGCGAGUCCUCUGAAAUAGAAUUAUUGCUGGGUUCUGAUUCAUGUUGGGAAGUACAAACAGGGCAAAAGAAACGAAUUAGUAAAAGGUUAUUUGCAGUUUCUUCAUUGUUUGGGUGGUCGUUAGUUGGAGCUUUCGGGGAAAAUCAAUCUAGUGCUUCUAUGUUUACAAUUGGUGCUACGCAAUGUGAAAGCGAGAAUCAUAGCUCAAUUAAUGAUAGUUUGAGAAAAUUUUGGGCUUUAGAUCAUAUAGGUUUGGAGGAAAAAGAUGAUAAAAACGAUGAAUUGGUCAUAAAAAAUGAUGAGUGGCUUAGGGAAAAUUAUGAUAGUAUCAUAAAUGAUCAGUUAAGGAACAAAAUAAUUGAAGAAUGUGGCGUUGAAAGUCACGAUGGUAAUACAAUGUACUACAUGCCGCAUUCUCCGGUCGUAAGAAAAAAUGCGUCAAAAACUAAAGUCCGUAUAGUGUAUGAUGCGUCAUCAAAAGUUAAUGAUGAGGUAUCUUUAAACCAAUGUUUGAUACCUGGCCCAAAUUUAAACCCUUCAAUUUUAGAUUUGAUAUUGUGUUUCAGGCAGUUUAAAUAUGCGUUUUCGGCAGAUAUCGAAAAAGCCUUUCAUCAAAUUGGGAUUGUAGAAACUGAUAGGGACGCAUUGCGAUUUUUGUAUUUUGACAAUGAAUUAAAUAUAAAACAUUAUCGUAUGACUCGUGCUCCGUUUGGAGUUGCUUGUAGCAGUUUUAUUCUCGCAUGUACUAUAAAACAUCACAUAAAGAAAUUGUCAGUGGAAAAUCCAGAGAUUUUUAAGAUGUUAAAUAAUUUUAUUUAUGUAGAUGACAUUUUUUACGGUUCAGAUUCCGUAGAACAUGCCUUCAAGUUAAGCACUGAAGCUUAUAACGUACUUAAAGAAGCGGGAAUGAAUUUGCGUCAAUUUAGUACAAAUUCAGAAGAGCUUGAAAAAAUCUGGGAUAAGAAUGGAAUUGUUGAGGUACAAAAAGAGCACAAUGAUACUUUAAAGGUACUAGGACUUAACUGGUGUAAUAGUAAAGAUGUAUUGUUUUUAAAUAUAGAUAAGUUGUCUGAAACACUAAAUAAAUGUAGAAUAAUCACAAAAAGAAACAUAUUAAAAGUAACCGCUACUAUUUUUGAUCCGGUAGGAUUUAUUUCACCUUUUGUAUUGAGAGCGAAAUUAAUAAUGCAAAAUCUUUGGCAGUUGGGUUUAGAACUUGACGAUGAAGUUCCAAUUGAAUGCAAACAAAUGUGGUCCGAGUGGUGCGAUGAAAUAGAAACUCUAAAGAAAUUCGAAAUUUGCCGCGAAUAUUUUCCUUGCGAAAUAAAUCGUAAUAAGAAUAAAGAAUUGCAUAUAUUUGGUGAUGCAUCAAUAAAAGCUUACGGUUCAGUAGCGUAUUUAAGAUCGGUUGAGGACUGUACUGUAGCAUUUGUUAUGGCAAAAUCUAAAAUUGCGCCGAUUAAACAAAAACUCACACUACCAAGACUAGAAUUGUUAGCUGCAUUAACGACAUCAAAACUCGCAAAGUAUCUAAAAGAUUUGUUUUCCAUUCAAGAAGAGAACAUUUACUUGUGGACUGAUAGUCAGAUCGUAAUACAUUGGAUUCGAAGUGCCCCUGAGCGAUGGAAAUUAUUUGUCAAGAAUAGAGUAUCUGAGAUACAAUCUUUAACAAAAUUUAAUGCAUGGGGACAUUGCAGUGGAUCCGACAAUCCGAGUGAUAUAUUGUCACGUGGGUGUUCUGCUGAACAUUUAUUGUCAUCAAAAUUAUGGAAAUCCGGACCAGAUUGGUUGUCCGAAUCAAAAAACAAUUGGCCCAAGAAAAUGCCAUUGACAUCUGGGUUUUCUGAUGUGGAGCUAGAAAAGAAGAAAUGUGUUGCUGAAAAUACAGUUCUACCUUCUGUUGCGGUGAAUUCUGACAGUCUUCUGAAUCUUGAAAAGUAUAGUAAACUAAGUCGAGCUGUUAGGGUGACCGCAUGGAUACAAAGAUUUAUUUAUAAUGUAAGGUGUAAAGCUGACAAGAAAAAAGGUCCCUUAAGAGCUGAAGAACUUUUCGCUGCAGAGUUAAGUUUGAUAAAGGAAAUUCAACAUGAGCAUUUUAGUGACGAAAUUACUUGUUUAAAACAAGAACAUCAAAUUAGUAGAAAUUCUAAAAUUCGUGAAUUGAAUCCAUUCCUCAGUGAAGAAGGGAUAUUGUUAGUAGGAGGCCGACUACAAAAAUCGACUUUGAGUUUUUACGAAAAACAUCCAAUUAUUAUUCCAUCAAAAACUCAUUUUACUGAAAUCUUGGUGCGAGAUGCACAUGAAAAAGUUUUCCAUUCGGGAAUGGCAGGUACUCUUGGACCAAUGCAGCAAGACAUAGCCCCUUUGCCAUCUGCCAGAAUCGAAAAAUCAAAUCCGUUCGAUGUAAUCGGCGUGGACUAUGCUGGACCUCUGUUUGUUAAAAACGAAGAUACGAAGUAUUAUAUUCUUCUGAUUACCUGUGCGGUGACUAGAGGUAUUCAUCUGGAAUUAACUAAAAACUUGACUACGGAAUCUUUCUUGCAAGCUUUCCGUAGAUUCGUGUCAAGAAAAGGAUUAUGCUCUGUUAUCUAUUCUGAUAAUGCAAGAACAUUCAAGGCAGCUGAUGCAGAACUUAAAAAGAUGUGGCAAGUAUUAAGUCAUCCUGACGUAAAGAACUUUUAUGCCGCAAAAGGUAUACAGUGGAGAUACAUCGUAGAAAAAGGAGCAUGGUGGGGUGGCUUCUAUGAGAGACUUGUACGAUCAGUCAAGACUAUGCUAAGAAAAACACUUGGUCGCGCCUCACUGCAUGCCGACGAGUUGGAAACUGUUUUGAUUGAAAUAGAAUCGGUGAUAAACCACAGACCUCUGACGUACAUUGAGGAUGAUCAACAUGAAUACCAGGUAUUAUCACCUGCUCAUUUUCUUUUAGGAAAUAAGCCAUUAAAUUUGCCUCCAGCGAAAUAUACAGACUUUGUGCCUACUAGUAAUAGGAAAAUUAUGUGUAAAACGUAUCAAUAUCGUGAAAGACUUUUAAAUAGAUUUUGGAAGUUGUUCUACAAAGACUAUUUGUUGCAAUUAAAAUCGGUAAACGGUGCGAAAAACCACAAAACUAAAACAGAACUAAACGUGAAUGAUAUUGUUGUAAUAAGAGAAGAACUUUUACCGCGUAACAUGUGGAGAUUAGGAAAGGUUGUUAAGACUUUUACUGGAAGAGAUGGAUUAAUUCGCAGUUGCGAAAUUAAAACGGAAAGAGGCAUAUUAAAAAGGCCAGUUCAGUUGCUGGUUAAGUUAGAAUGUGAAUGA